CUGCAGCAAAGAACGCCUCCGAAAGCGCCGUCCCUAGAGGUCCAGAAGAUUUGAGAUAUUUGAUAACAAUUUGAGAAAACAACGUUAUCAAGGUGGCUCACUUGAACGGAGGAAGAUGUGGCCAUUUUCAUGAGAUGCAGUCAUCAUGCCUUCUCGAAGACCUGUUGCCUGCCCUUCUCCAUGGAAUUUGGUUGAUAACUUGCUCGUCUUGAUCUUUUGCCCAUUUUUGAAGGUUUUGUUUAUCCUUUGAUUCCUUCGAUCUUUCUUUUGUGUUGCAAAGUUGUGUGGCUUCUCUCUCUCUCUCUGCAUUCUGGCUGCUACUGAACUGCAUCGUUUUUCUUCUUCCUGAUGCCUUCCAUUUUUUAGCAGGCUGAAAUAACGAUUUCAGUAGGUGUAAAGUCAGAAAGGCUUAGGUCGAGGUAUUGGCUGUAUUGAGUUUGAACCCCCACGCAGCUUAGAACUAUUGGUGACAGGAACCGUCUCAAAUUCAGGACAAGAAUAGCAAAAGGAACCUAAUAGCGGCCUCCAACCUAAGAGCAAUCGGCCGUCUGAAAUAUUUGCAAAUCAUGUUUGUCGCCCGUCUUCUCGAAGAACUGCGGAAGCUGAUGCAAUGGAUCGCUGACAUCCAAAAACUGAGUACGACUUGCCUUUCAAGGCCUUGAUGUCCAGAGCAUGGUGACCUGAAGAUUUGAUGACCUGCUGAAGAGCGCCUUUUUUCUGUCAUCCUAUUUGCGAAGCAGGUUGCACUGCACGGCUGUCGCACCCGGCCUUUGUGAUCCGGCCCAAAGCUUCCGCUUUCGGUGAAACAUCUGAAACACGGAUGAGUUCGCACUGACCUGGUGCUCACAAUGAGCUUGCUGCCUCUCUAAUUUUCCAGGGCAAGGGUCUAGGCAUUCAGACUGCAUCCGCUGAGACUAUUGCGAGAAGAGCGACAUCGCGCUUGGUCCUGCGAGAACGUUCAUUUGAAAGUCAUCGAGGACCAGCCCUGGGAGGCCUGGGCUUUAGAUAGCCAACCUGCUUUCCAGCAUCUGAAUUUCAAGGUAUUGGACCCUCAUCCUUUGAAGGAUAGGGAUGAUGUCAUUUGGAGCUUAGCCCAGCCUCCGUACAACCAGACGAUGCCUGAUGGGACCAAGAGAAAACCGGAGGUGGUUACUGCACGCUUUUGGACGAACAUGCAUGUACCGCCUGGACGCGCCUUUGCAGUUGAGGCACUGAACCGUCUGGACGUUGUGCGGGAGUGGAUGCCUCAGCUCUUUAGCAACUUGGGUGUAGCGGGAUCUGUGGACCUCUAUGCAACACGCGUAGGGCGCAAUAAGGUUGGAUCCUAUGGCUGGCACCUGGACACUGUCGAUGCUUUGAUAUACGUCCUCCAGGGUGCCAAGCGCGUGCGCGUGGCUGGGCACUACCCUGGAAGCAAGGUCACCAUGGAUAAGGUGCUGAGCGCAGGCUCCAUGGUCUAUGUCCCUGGCGGUCGCUUCCAUGUGUUGCACGCUCUGCCCAUUGAUGUGGAUGCGAAAACUGCAGGCUUAGUCGUUGCCCUCAGCAUUGGCCUUUUUAAUCCCAAUGAGGAUUUGCUGCAGGUCCGCACUGAUACCUACAGGUCGGCCUUUGAACAUCGUAACCUGCUUUGGUCGGACAUGACCAGCCACUCAGCUUUUCUGCCGGAGAACUUCCCCAGGAAACCGGAGGUUGUUUAUGCUGACAAGGAUGCGUUGGACUCGAAGGGCUUUGGGGCCAUCCAUCGGCGCGUGCUUCAAAAAGAUGCGCUGCGCCUGGCAAUGCUGCUGCGCCAAGGGGCUGAGGUGAAUCUCCAUAGCCAACCGCCUGAGGGCCCGUCAUUGACACCUUUGGGUUUAGCAGCGUGUUGCGUGGACGACGAGGAAGUGGCUUUGCUGCUCACUGCCAAGCUGUUGGAAUUUGGCGCAGAGCCAACCGUUGAAUUUCAUGAUGGAGAGAACUUCUCAGCCGUGCAAGUGGCCCAUCGCCGCAAUGAGGCAUUUGCUGCCCAGAUGGCACUGCGACUAUACGCUGCUAGCGACUCAAGCGAGCUGUGAGGAAAGGCAACGCACUUCGUUUUGUGCAAAGAGGAUCGAAGAGGCUCACUUCGUUUAAUCUGCUCGUUUUGUACUUGGACCGAGCUCCUCGUCUUUAGCCAUG